AUGUACGGAAUCCAUCAGUCCCUGCAGCUGAAAACUCCCAGCACCCUUGGACUGAAUACCCAUCCACUCAAAGCUCCAGUAGCAGCUGCACCCACAACCUACCACUGCAGUCACACCACGGACUCAACUCCACCGCCUCAUGAAUAUUCUCUGCGGAGAUGCCAAACUGCGAAUAAUUUCAGGGUGGGCUGGCCCCCACAAGGUUCCUUUUCACCAAACCUCGUGACACGGGUAAAAGAAGUCGUUACCCGCCCGGGAGCCCGUGGGCAUCCUGAUCAACUACCUUAUGUUCUUACGUGGGAAUUUCUCCUAGAAGAACCUCCCCAAUGGCUCGGUCCCUUCUUAUCCUUUUCUCCAGCGCCUGUUCCCCCUCCCGUUGCUCCUCCGGCACCUGUUCUUCCAGCCUUUCGGGAUCCUGCCGCCUGUCCUAUCUUGGCCCUUCAGAAGGAAGCAGAGAAAGAGAUUCAUGCUAAGGCAGCCGUGGCCCUAAGGGGGGCAGCAGACUGCACCCUGAAGCCACGGGAGAAGGAAAUCCGAGAUAGAGCUGUUGAGGCCAUUGAAGCAAUCCUAAACCCUUCCUGGGAACCCAAUCCUCCACCGGCGGUCCUCUCUGACUCGCUUUAUCCUCCCCUCACAGACUUUGACACCGAGAUAAGACCUCCUCCUUAUGUCCCCAUCCCUGACCUGGCAGCAGCCCCUGGUCCGGCUGCAGACUCUACUCAGGAUGUCGGCCCUAGCCGACGGCUUCGUCCACGUGGCCAACAGUAUCAGUAUUGGCCCUUUUCAUCUAGCGAUCUAUAUAAUUGGAAAAUCCAGAACCCUCCUUUUUCUGUGGAUCCAAAGGGUCUCAUAGGUCUCGUGGAGUCCAUCAUGAACACCCACUGUCCCACAUGGGACGACUGCCAGCAACUCAUCCGAACUCUCUUCACGACUGAGGAGAGGGAGCGCAUCCUCGUUGAAGCUCGAAAGAUGGCGGGAGAUGAUGGGCGGCCCACCAUCCUACCUGACCUCAUCGAGGCGGCGUUCCCGCUCAGCCGACCUAACUGGGAUUUUGGGACGGCAGAAGGUAGGGAGCGUCUCCGAGUAUACCGCCAGACUCUCAUGGCCGGUCUCCGAGCGGCCGCUAGACGGCCCACAAAUUCCGCCAAGGUAAAAGCUGUUGUCCAAGGGGAAACCGAAAGCCCAGCCGCAUUUCUUGAGCGAUUGUAUGAUGCCUACCGGCAGUAUACUCCCAUUGACCCUGAGGCUGACCUACACCGCUCAGCAGUGUUGCUCUCCUUCAUUAGCCAGGCAGCCCCUGACAUAAGAAGGAAGUUAAAUUCCCGGGAAAACCUGGGUAGCAUGACCCUCCAGGAGAUGCUGCAUGUUGCCGAGAGGGUAUACAACUCUAGGGAGAGUAAGGAAGAAAAAGAGGAUCGGUUGAGGCAGGAGGACAGGGACAGGCAGGAGAGACAGAGAAAAAAGGAUCGGGAAUUCCAGAGUAGGGAAAAUCGGAACGGGCACUGGAAGCAUGAGUGCCCAUAUCGCGGGAAGAAGCAGGAAGGGUGGGGAAGGAGACAAGAAGAUGGGGAGGGGAAGACUGCUAAAGAUAGGGCCAAAAUUCUAGUAGCUGAGGAGGAGGAGGACUGAAGGGGACGGGACUCGGCUCCCCUCCCCGAGUCUUGGGUAACUGUUUGUGUGGAGGGGAAACCAGUGGGGUUUAUGGUAGACACAGGGGCCCAAUACUCAGUCCUGAAUCAGGCCAUGGGGAAACUUAAACCUAACAAAACCAGUCUAGUCCAGGGGGCCACAGGAUCAAAAAUCUACCCUUGGACCAGCAACCGCCAGGUGCAUGUAGGGAAACAUCAGGUCACUCAUUCAUUCCUAGUGGUGCCCGACAGCCCGGCCCCCCUUCUGGGGAGGGAUUUAUUGACCAAAGUUAGAGCCCGGAUCCACUUUGACCCUGAUGGGAUUAAGGUUAUGGAUGGGGAAGGGGCUCCUCUACAUGUCCUAACACUCUCGGUACGUGAUGAACACAGAUUAUUCAGGAACUUGGGGGAGGAUAGUGUGAGGGGGACGAUGGCAUAUUGGUUGAAGAAAUACCCCUCCGCAUGGGCCAAAGUGACAGGCAUCGGUCUCGCCAGACAUGUUCCACCAGUAGUGGUGGGGCUCAAAGCUUCCGCCCAGCCGGUCAGGGUAUGACAGUACCCAAUACCAGAAGCAGCCAGGCGUGGCAUCUCCCCGCAUAUCCACAGACUUUUGAAAGAGGGGGUUUUGAGACAGUGUCACUCAGCUUGGAACACCCCUCUCCUGCCUGUCAGGAAGCCUGGUAUCUCAGAUUACCGUCCAGUGCAGGACUUGAGGAAGGUGAAUGAGAGAGUGGAGGACAUCCACCGGACGGUGCCAAACCCCUACACCCUCCUGAGCCAUUUAGCGCCCUCUCUUAAAUGGUACACCACCCUGGAUCUAAAGGACGCCUUCUUUAGCAUACCCCUGACUGAGAGCAGCCAGUUGCUUUUUGCAUUCGAAUGGCAGGAGGAGGGGAAGGUGAGACAGUUAACCUGGACGAGGUUGCCCCAAGGAUUUAAGAACUCUCCGACCCUGUUCAAUGAGGUCCUUAGCCAGGAUCUCGAGCCCUUUUGACAAGCACAUGAGGAGAUAACAUUGCUGCAGUAUGUAGAUGACUUGCUGCUGGCGGCCCCCACCCAGGAGAGCUGUAGAUGGGCUACAGGGCAGCUUCUCGCCCUCCUGGGGGAACUGGGGUAUAGGGCGAGUGCAAAGAAGGCUCAAAUAUGCCAGGAGACUGUGGCAUACUUGGGCUAUCAGCUAGAAGGAGGGGCGCGAUGGUUAACAGAGGAAAUGAAACAGACCGUCCUCCAUAUCCCCACCCCAACAUCUGCAAGGAAAGUGAGGGAGUUUCUAGGGUCGGCUGGAUACUGUAGACUCUGGAUCCCCAAUUUUGCUGAGAUUGCAAAACCCCUGUAUGAGGCCACCAAAGAGACUCGGGAUUGGGAAUGGACAGAGAGUCACCAGGCCACUUUUGAACGUCUCCGAGUCGCGUUAUUGCAGGCCCCGGCCCUAGCCCUGCCUGACCCUUCCAAGCCAUUUACCAUCUAUGUGGACGAAAGGAAAGGGAUAGCUAAAGGGGUACUGACGCAGAAGCUGGGCCCUUGGCGAAGGCCAGUGGCCUACCUCUCAAAGCGGCUAGAUGCGGUUGCGGCUGGGUGGCCACCGUGUCUCAGAGUAAUUGCAGCAGUAGCCCUCUUGGUCAGAGACGCUGACAAGCUGACUUUCGGGCAGGAGCUCCACAUAGUUACCCCGCACCCGAUUGAAGGGAUCCUGAAACAGCCGCCAGGGAAAUGGAUAACCAACGCCCGCCUCACCCAUUAUCAAGGACUUUUAUUAGAUAGUCCCCGCAUUGUUUUUGCCAGCCCAUCCACCUUGAGCCCCGCCAGCCUGCUGCCCGAACCGGACGCAGUCUCGCCCAGUCACCAGUGCCUUGAAAUAUUGGCUGAGAUUUCCCAGGCAAGGCCAGGCCUGAAGGACAUACUAUUGGAAAACUGCCCCUUGAACUGGUAUACGGACGGAAGCAGCUUUGUGCUACAAGGGGUAAGAAGAGCGGGGGCCGCGGUGGUGGACCAUGAAGGGGUGGUGGUAUGGAGCAGCGCCCUGCCCCCUGGACCCUCAGCCCAGAAGGCCGAACUGAUGGCCUUAACAGAAGCCUUGGAACGCGCAGAAGGGAAGCGGGUUAACAUAUAUACGGACAGUCGCUAUGCCUUCGCCACCCUGCAUGUCCAUGGCGCCAUCUACCGAGAACGGGGAUUCCAGACUUCUAACGGACAGGAGCUCAAGAAUCUGGCAGAGGUCCAGCAGCGUCUCUUAAUGGCAGUGGACAAACCAAGGGAGGUAGCCGUCAUCCAUGUCCCUGGGCACCAAAAGGGGGACAACCCAGACGCUGUAGGGAAUCGUCGAGCGGACACGGAAGCCCAGAGAGAGGCUAUGGAGAGCACUCCCGCCAUGACCCUUUCCCUGCCAAUGCCAGAACUCCCCAAACUGCCGUCGGAGCCUCAAUACUCCCCCACAGACCUGGACUGGAUACAAAGACAGUGGCCCACAGCCAUGGCUAGAGACCCCAGGACGUGGCACCGAAGUCCGGACGGGGCCAUAAUUCUCCCUCGCCAGCUAGGCGAAUUCCUGGCUAGCAACAUUCAUCGGACCUCUCACCUGGGGCGCCGGAAGCUAGCGGAGCUACUCACGGCUGCGCGCCUGGUGUACCCUGCUAUGACCGCAAGCCUGCAGCAGAUCACUGACGCCUGUACUGUCUGCGCCCAGAUGAGACCGGCCAUGCGGAGGGGCAUGCAUACAGGUAGCAGGGAAGCGGGGAGGAGUCCGGGGAGGAGUUGGAAGGCAGAUUUUACAGAGGUUAAGCCAGGCAAGUAUGGGUAUCGGUAUCUGCUAGUUCUGAUAGACACCUUUUCGGGCUGGGUGGAAGCUUUCCCAACAAAGCACGAGACUAGUCGGGUGGUAGCUAAGGUCCUGCUAGAAGAGAUCAUACCCCGAUAUGGCGUCCCUGACUCGAUCGGGUCAGACAACGGCCGCUUUGUUAGCAAGGUCCUGCAAGGCCUAGCCCAAGCUAUGGGAACUGAUUGGAAAUUACAUUGUGAAUAUAAUCCCCAGAGCUCUGGGCAAGUAGAGAGGAUGAAUCGGACCCUGAAGGAGACCUUGACUAAAUUGGCUCUCGAGACUGGCGGGGACUGGGUGACACUCCUACCCCUCGCGAUUUUCCGACUGAGGAACACUCCCUAUGUACAUGGGUUAACACCUUUUGAAAUCCUCUAUGGGGCACCCCCACCCAUCACGCGAAGGACUCUGGCUCCGCCAGGGGAAGUUGUUGUGCACCCGGACUACCUGACAGUCCUGCAGACUCUAUCCCGAGUGCACCAGCAGAUAUGGCCGCUGGUCAAGGCAUAUCACGAAAGGGAGGGGGAGGGACCGGAGCACAGACUGGUGCCAGGGGAUAGAGUUUGGGUGAAGGGACACAAUGUUAGAAAUCUGGAGCCCCGAUGGAAGGGUCCUUAUGUUGUUCUUUAUACCACCCCCACUGCCUUGAAGGUUGAUGGAAUCGGGCCAUGGGUUCACCAUUCCCAAGUCCGACCAGCAGGAACUGCAGGAGACGAGGAGGGAAGUGCCCUACAGCCUCAGCCUCAGCCGGGCCAUCCUUCAAAUCCCCUCAAGCUCUGGCUGGUACGAGGUGCUUCUGGACACAGGAGCCGCGCACUCGCUGGUGCAUCUACCUCCUAG